AGGCGUUUUUUGCAGGAAUUUGUUAAUUUCGAAUUGUUAUCAUUUCAGGUGACUCACUUCACGUUCAUAUCACCCGUUCUACUGCUUUCGCUGGUUUUGGUGCGAGCUUUGACGCUGAAUGGCUUAGGGGCAGUUCUUCAGAAGUUUUAUUAUGCAACCGAUUGGCAGCGAAUGAUGGAUUACAUGAUGUGGAAAACAGCAGUAGAACAAGCGAUUCUCGCUACUGGUAUCGGUUUCGGUGCGUUCAUUACGAUCGGCUCUUAUAAUAAACGAUCGAACAACCUUGUUGGCGAUACAUUGGUCGUUUUAUUUGGUCAUGCAGUGCUUACUCUAAUGCAAGUGUUAGCGAUUAUCGGUUUUGUUGGGCAUAUCAGUGCACGUACAGGAUUGCAGCCCAUUGAACUUCUCGACAAAGGAGAAACGCAAAUGUGGCACAUCCUUGCGUAUAUGUCGUAUGUUCCGGAUACACGAAUUUGGACUGGCAUCAUCCUCUUCAUGUGUAUAUUUGUUCUACUGAAUAUCUUCUAUCUGCUCUCGUUGAAUGUGCUCGCCGCAUUUGAGGAUGCAUUCGGUGAGAAGUGCUCAAAAUGUUUCCCAAGAUUUUGCCUCGCGCUUUUCGUAUGCAUUCUUGGCUUUGCUAUUGGCCUUUAUUUCACAACGCAGGGAGGUCAUUACGCUUAUGAGCUGGCUGGUGGUUACAUGAAAUAUGUAACCUUGUGGACGAUCCUCUUCUUUGAACUGCUCGCAAUUGGAUGGUUUUAUUGUGGUCAUAAGCUUGGCAAAGACCUUCAUACGAUGCUUCCACGUGCGUGUUGUUGGUGUUUCGGUCAUUUUCUACUCUUUUUCACAUAUCUUCUUCCACUUAUACCUAUUGCGAUCGCUGUACUGAAUAUGAUGGGUUACAAUUAUUCGAUCUAUUCGUCUGGUAUUCAUGAAUGGAAAUAUUCUGAAGUGAUCGGUUGGGUUAUCGCUCUUGUUCCAUUGCUACCAAUACCAUUGGUUAUGCAGUUCACUAUCUGCAGGAGAUGCGUCAAAGGACCGGGUGUCACGAAGUGGCAGAAACUGAAGAAUGCGUUAUCGUCUCCGUUACAUUACGAAGUGGUGAAAGCAUCGCCAAGCAACGUACCUCGAUACGCAAGCACAGCUCCUGGUUAUGUUCUACUGCCACAGGCUCCGUUGGCCGAACCUGAAAUUUAUAACGAUGUGAUUCUUUUGAACCAUUUCACGCCUUCCAUUUUCACUCAAUUCCGAUCACAGCUCAAUGAAUAA